AGUGUGUUCUUAUCAGCGAAUAGCCCCAAAGAGAAGAACAAAAAUUUCGAAAAUAGAGGAAGAGAAGAAGUUGACGAUGGAUUCAAAGACGAAGCAGAUGAUUCUAUCAGCUCUCUGUAAACACUUCUCCUUGGAUCCUGAACCUUUUGUGGGCGGAGCAGGUGAUAGUGAUGUCAAGAAACUUUAUUCCAAUGUUGUGAAGGCAUCUGGAAAGGAAGUGUCUGCACAAAACGAUGAGGUUUUGAAGUGGCUGGAUUUUGCGGAAGGUUUCUCUGCAAAUUCAAAGGAUUGCUUUGCAGCUCUUGAAAAGUUGAAUUUAGAGUUAGCUACCAAGUCAGUGCUCUUGGGAAACGGAUUGUCGCCAUCGGCAGCUGAUGUUGCUGUGUUUUCAGCAUUGCAUUCUUCAGUGCUUGGCCUCUCAGAUUCAGACAAGGAGAAAGUACCACAUGUCAUAAGAUGGGUGAAUUAUAUCCAGAAAAAAGAACAGUUGUCAACAUUAUUUGCACCAAUACCUGUGAAGCUACCAGAAUUUGACUUCGAGGUAUCAAAGCCUGCCAUUAAGGUGGACGCAAAUUCCAACACGAAAAAAGCUGCAGAAGUUGUAAAGCCUGUUGACAAGUCAGAAGCACAGCCGAGCGCAAAGAAAACUGAGCCCGAGGAACCAAAGAAAAAGGACACAAAAGAAAAGGAUGCCAAAAAGGAAAAGAAGAAACCUGCUGAAACAGAACCAGCUAAGAAAGAGGCAGAGCUUAGUGUCAGUUUGCUUAAUAUUCAGGUUGGUCUAAUUCGCAAAGCAUGGAAGCACCCAUCUGCGGAUAGUUUGCUGGUGGAAGAAAUAGAUGUCGGGGAGGAUAAAGUGAGGCAAGUAGUUAGUGGCUUAGCGAAGUUCUGCAAUCCCGAUGAUCUAACGAACCGCCUUGUUGCGCUUAUCACAAAUGUCAAACCUGGAAAGCUAAGAGAUGUAAUGUCACAAGGACUGGUUCUUUGUGCUUCAAGUGAAGAUCACUCGGUGGUAGAGCCGUUGCUACCACCUGCUGGGGCUAAACCAGGAGAGCGUGUUUCAUUUUCAGGGAUUGAAGGAAAGCCAGAAGAUGUACUGAACCCAAAAAAGAAGCAACUAGAGAAGAUAACACCGGGUCUCUACACUGAUGAAAAUGGCGUAGCCACAUACAAAGGCAUACCAUUCAUGACCUCGGCUGGACCUUGCACUUCCAGUAUCCCCAAGGCUACCAUCAAGUAUUACUUGACAUUUAAGGAACAAAUUAAGGAGAUCAUGAACAGUUCAGGAGGUUCUUGUUCGUCUUUAAUGGAUGUGGUGGCUUAUGAUCAUCAUCAUGGUCAUGGUCAUGAUGAAGAGCUUCAUGUUUUAGCAGUAGAUGAUAAUCUUAUUGACCGUAAACUCGUUGAGAGGUUGCUCAAGAUCUCUUCUUGCAAAGUCACAACAGCAGAGAAUGCGAUUAGAGCAUUGGAGUAUUUGGGUUUGGGAGAUCAAAAUCAGCAUAUUGAUGCAUUGACCUGUAACGUAAUGAAGGUUAACCUAAUCAUCACAGAUUACUGUAUGCCGGGAAUGACAGGUUUUGAGCUGCUCAAGAAAGUGAAGGAGUCAUCAAAUCUGAGAGAGGUUCCUGUUGUGAUAAUGUCUUCAGAGAAUAUUCCUACUCGCAUCAACAAAUGCUUAGCGAGUGGAGCUCAAAUGUUUAUGCAGAAGCCUUUGAAACUUGCUGAUGUUGAGAAACUUAAAUGUCAUCUCAUGAACUGCAGAAGCUAACCAUGAGAGAUUUAAUAAUGUUAGUCCUAACCAUGAAUCAUUUCCAUUGUCUUGAUUCCUUAUUUGAUUAUUUUACAUGUUCUUUUUUGAAAUCAAGAAAUGUUUUCAAAUUCC